AUGAACCCAAACUCUCCAGGACAUGCAUCACUGGAGGACGACAUCGAAUGGAUUGGCAUGGAAGACGUCGCCGAGCCCUCCGACAAUCCCUUGAAUCCUCCCUCAACCCAUGCGUCAGACUUGCCUUCAAGUUUGGACGAUGACGAAGAUGAAUUUGACAUAGAUCGUGACGAGGGGAGUACUAGAGGUCUUCUUAGCAGCACUCAUGGCCCGAGCUAUAGUGCGCGGUAUUUGGAACCUGUGGGUAGGAUAUGGCCGCAGGUGAAGAGUAUAGUUAUUGAGAGUGCUCCGACGCUUUUAAUGACAACUAUCAGCCUUUUAUUUACAGGUAAACUGUUGGACCAGGUCUCGCGCUGGCGAGCAAUGCGCGAAGUCGACCAACUCAUAAUGAUCAUACCCGUCGUCUUAAACUUAAAAGGAAACCUCGAGAUGAACCUAUCCGCGCGCCUCGGCACAGCAGCCAACAUCGGCGAACUGGACGACCCAGCCGUCCGUCGUUCCAUGAUCAUAGGCAACCUCUCGCUGUUGCAGGUCCAAGCUAUAUCCGUGUCCUUCAUUGCGUCAUGCACGGCUCUCCUUCUUGGGAGAUUCGUACCGCAAAACACUCUCAUGCCUGUCAAGGGCUCUCCUGCGAUUAAAAACUCGACGGCGACGGUUCGAGAUAUCCACGACUAUACCACCACCAUAGAUUUUAGACAUGCCAUUAGUUUGCCUUCCCCGGGAACAAUACGGAAAUCUGGAUUUCCAAGAUUAAUUAUGGUCGCUUCAACCGCUAUGUCCGCCGCCUGUCUCUCAGGCCUCAUCCUCGGGUCAUUCAUGUGUACCCUCAUCGUCCUCUGCCGGAAAUUCAACCGCGAUCCCGAUAACAUCGCACCACCCGUCGCCUCCUGCCUAGGCGACCUAGUAACCCUCAUCCUCAUCGGCGUCCUAUCCAACCUCCUCAUUCCCUUCCUACAUACCCCCAUCCCCUUCAUCCUUGGCCUCCUCGUCAUCGGAGUCGGCAUAGCAUGCUUCGCAUUCACAUUGCGCAACGCACACGUCCGGCCUCUCCUCACACAGGGAUGGACGCCCCUUUUCGGAGCUAUGGUUAUCAGCAGCGGGACGGGGAUCGUGUUGGAUAUGUUCGUGAGCCGGUAUGAAGGGUUUGCGAUUCUCGCCGUUGUCAUCAGCGGAUUACCAGGCGCAGCUGGAUCCAUAUUCGUCUCGAGGCUCUCUACGGCCCUCCAUGCAGCUGCCGUUGCGCUCUCCCAUCAUCCUUCUGCGGUGAGGAAAGAUCAUCACGAGCCCAGUCCGCGGCUGGUGAUGCUCACGCUGUUGCUCAUCACGCUACCUGUGGAGAUUAUAUUCCUUGGGAUACUUGACGGACUUCAGUGGCUUAAUUUACCGAUUUUGUUCGUGGCGUUUGCAAUUGUGUUUUUCUGUUGUGCUGUUAUAGUAUCUCUCAUCGUCGCACGCUUCCUCACCGACUUUCUAUGGUCGAAAAAUCGAGAUCCAGAUAUAUACGCGCUACCUAUCCAUUCGGCAUUCAUGGAUCUUGUGGGACAGCUGCUUUUGGUGUUGUGUUUUGAGAUUGUGUCUUGUCUUGGGACGAAGGUCCGUCUUAGGAUAUGA